AUGCAGCCACCGUUCCUGCUGCAAGACACGCCGAUCCCAACGGCCCAUGCCCAGAAUGAAGGGCAGAAAACAAUCCCUAUAACCCCCCAACAUGCCAGGAGCGAAAAACUCUCUCACCGGCCUCCAAGGGAGGUCAAGCGAGGAGAGCCAAGAAGGGAAGAAUCUCGAAGGACACAUCGCACCAAGGAGGUAGACCCCAGAGAACAUCAGCAUGUUCAAAGGCAGAAGUUGUGCUUCGACGCAACCAACGGGGAAAGAUCAAAAAGGGCUCACAACGAAGCUGAAACUUUAGAUUUUCAGCUAAGUUAUCAUAAAUUCAAUGAGUCUCAAAGAGAACAAGCAGUUCUGAAGAGAUUGCAACAGGGUGAAAUUGUGGCCCAAAUCUGUGAUGCAGGAACACCAGGCAUAAGUGAUCCUGGUAUGGAAUUGGUUAAGUUAUGUGUGGAUGAAAAUAUUCCUGUUAUUCCUAUCCCUGGUCCUUUUGCUUUUGUUGCUGCACUUUCUGCCUCAGGGUUGGCUACUGAUGAGUUUACAUUUGUUGGAUUUCUGCCCAAACAUGCCGGAUCAAGGAAGGAGAGGUUGAUUGUAUCUGCAAAGGAAGUAGCAACACAGAUAUUCUAUGUUCUUCCUCAUAAGCUUCAUCAAUUUAUUGAAGAGGCUUCUUCUAUUUUUGGUGGCUGUAGGUAAAUAUUUGAGGAAGAUCUUUAUCAUAUCUUAGGAUAAUAAUAGGAGUUUUGAUGUCUUUGGGUAUGUGCCACAUCAACAAAAACAAAAAGAAUCUUAA